AUGAUAAGAAAAAGUGUGCUGGGGACAUCACAAGAAGAAAUAUAUGAGAGGGUCCUCUACGCGAGGAACCGCCAGCCCGGAUCAAGGCCUGCUGUUGUAGGCGGGAAGCCGAUCACAGAAGAAGCUGCUAUAGAGUUACGCGUAACCGCCUUCGGUACCGCUGCCUGUCCUCCGCGCGGGGAAUGGAUCCACACUCCUCUCAUCAUGAGGCCGUGCGACCAGCUCGGGUACGGGCUCGCUGCUCCUCGGAACGGCACCAGAUCCCUGCUGUCAGCCCUCCAGGCGCAUAUCAUCAAGUGGCUGCUGUUCGACUCCCGCCCUAUGACGAAGGACAACAAGAGUAUUGUGCCACCGGACAGCUACCUCCGCCCCACCGAGGAGCGUCAGGAGGAGGCUCUGUGGCGCGCGUGCAGUGAGGUGAUAUGGCGCUGUGGAUCCAGCAACCAGCCGGAACCCAGGGCGGUGGUGGCGCUGCCGGCCACACAGAUAUACGUGCUGCACAGCUCGCAGUACUACCAGGAUGGGAUCACUGAGAUGCUGCACAUUUUUGACUUCAAGAGCUUGGAGGAUCUUCAGAUAUUUAUCAAACGAUAUCUGUAUUUGUUUCAGUCUGAAGAAGGUUCUGGUGCUCUACUUCUUCUCUACGCUUGUAUUCUUUCUAGAGGUUGUGAGAACAUAAUCAAAGACCUGGACGGUAAACUGACGUAUCUGCUGUCGACGGCGGCGGAGGGCUCCCUCAACGUGACUACGCUACUACUGACCGGCCGCGCCACGCCGUAUCUACAUAACGGCGUGCAAUAUGUUGGCGAUGAGGACCAUUAUGCGAUGCCACAAUUCGGGGUUCUUGGACGCAGUGCCGUAGGGCUACUCGUCUGGUAUGGAAAUGAUGACAGUCAUACUCCCAACUUCUCCAACCAAUACCCUGGAUCCAGGUUGAAGACACCAGCUCUGCCGAUUUGGGUGACCGGCUGCUCCGGACACUAUGGUGUGCUGUUCAACACUAACAGGGAGUUGCUCAGAAAUUAUCAUGCUGAAAGGAGGUUCGACAUCCACUACUAUACUUGCGGUGGCUGCCAUGUGCUGCUGAAUGUGGACACGCGCGCCCAGGAGGACCAGGGUCCACUACGGAACGAUGACAUCAGCGCAACACCGCUCGAGAAGCUCAUACUUACCAAGUGGCAAGACGCCAAGAUCACUUGGUCUGGUUCCGCGCCCUUCGCUGGAGACUCGCCCUAAACUUCAGCUUAUGGCCCCUCUACACGAACAGACAUGAUGGACAAUUUGACACCAAGAUUGUGCAGCUAGCUUAAGCUCCCUAUACGUCGAACUAUGACGGGAAAUUAUAGAUUGGCACCAAGAAUGUACAGCUGCUGCAAUACGAACUAUCGAUGCGAAUUUUGGGAAUCUUUAGCUUCUUAAAUUUAGGCCAUGAUGAAUUAUGCCUUGGUGAGGUUGCCUAUAGCUGCAUUCUAUAGAUAAAUAUUAUGCACUUUGCUAUAAUAGAUAUAAACACAGUUAACGUUGAUUCCGAACAAAUAAUAUUAUGCCCUUUUACAUGUUUCACGUAACCGCCUGUACUAGUCCAUUAUUAUUAUAGUCUUAGUUUCAAAGCAGAAAAGCUGCAAUAGAUGUUUUUUCUAACUAUACUACAGAUAUAUUUUGCCUGUAAUUGUCCAUCGUGGCAAUCGUGUAGAGGCAGUUUUUUACUUUUCCCGCUUUUAUGACACCUGAAGUCUUAUUUAUCAAAUUAAACCUUCACAAAGAAAUAGAAACAACUAGGAAAUUCAUAACGUAUAUUGUGCUCAACCCCCUAAUCACUAAA